UUCAAUGUUGCUAACAAAAGCUAGCACGUGCUCACGCCUUCACGCGUUUCCACACACAUCAUACAAGCGAUUCUCUUACGCGUCUACAAACUACCCCACCUCCUCCCGUCACUUGCUUCAACCGUCGACUAUGGCGAAAUCCAAAGAUUCUUUGAGGCUUGAGCUAGACAGGGUGAUCGCGUGCCGUUACCCUGCCUCGCUGGUGAAUCUGGCAAAACACCUUGCUGCUGCAGAUGCCUUGAAUAUUCGUGCUUCUAUCAGUGAACGGGCGCCUUGUGAAGUGGACAAGCUUGCCUCUGUUGUUGCUGCAGCUCUACCUCUCUGGCAAUAUACCAUCGACAUCCUCAAGUCUCUCUCACACUCUCCAGAGUUCAGUACGCAUCUUCUCAUCCGCGAGCCCACCCUCCUUGAUGCGUUGCUUCACAAAGCAAUUGCGUCCCAAAAUGCCUUCGAGGAAUACGCCCAUCUUUGCAUCACACUCCUUUCCCGUCGACUACCUGAUUCAAUUCCACUUCCCGCGAGCGCCCAGUCUUUUUUUCUUCGUGUCUUUGAACACAGUACCGCCUCGGGGAGCUUGGAUGGAAAAUUAAGGGCUCUGUAUUCUAUGCUCAAUGGUGCUUGCGUCGGACUCAUUGGUCUUCUUCCGUUCCAAACACGCCAGGAAUUUGACGAAAAAUUAUGCUCCAUAUUGUCGUCGCGCGAUAUUGGCCAGAGUUCUAUAUCAAUGCUAUGGUGUUUUGGGCUUGCCAUUCUGGCCGAGCACCCGGGCGCCUUCUGCGACGAUUCGAACGACGGUAGAAGCUUGAUCGCAACAGGAUUGGAAUGGAGAACCAAAGCAGGCAGAAAGAUCUUCGAACACGGUCACAAAACAGUCAAUCUUGCGUACCUGAAUGUUUUGUGGGCUACAAAAGGUGGUGUCGGCGUUGCGGAUGACGAAGCAAUAGAGGCUAUUCGAAUCGCUAGCCGCACGCUGCAGUUCGUUGAGCAGCAGACACGAGAAGCGUGGCCACUCUCAGACCCGAGAGCAUCUCAUAUAUUUGCCAAGCUGCCUUCCAAAUUACUACACACAGAAAUUGACGCCGUCGUUCGACUCGAAGCGUUGCGCUUCUAUGCUCUUGUUGCAGAAAGGAACAAGAUCCCUCCAGGACUAGUAGACGAGUAUGCAAAAUCUAUCGCGAGAACAUGCUCUGUGGCAGAUACACAUGCAUUGAAGGAGUGUCUGUCGAUGUCAUUGCCGAGCUUUGCUGCCCAAUUACAGGAAUCGAACCUACGCUUUCUGCUUAAGAAUAUACUCCAAUCGAGCAGUGCAUCUACUCCGGCUUUAUGCAUGGAGAAUACCAGGGUACUGUGCGACGAGCUGGUAUCAAUCAAUGCGCAGUUUCCACAAUUCCGAUCACAAAUGAUUGCUGCGCUGUGCUCAUCUGAUGUGGAACCUAUGCUCCAAGAAUUUCUUGGAAUCGAGGUUUCCGGGCACAACGAGCUCCAACCGUGCCAGUCCUACAUAGAUGGAGUCCGUCGGUCUUUGAUUGCAUCCAUCAUCUCGAUGAUAUUAGCUGCAGCCUUAGCUCCGGGCCCAUCGAAGAUUACGCUACCGUAUGCAGUGACCCUCGCCCUAUUAAAAAAGCAGCAGCAUCUUCCUGCAGUUCUGAGCCAGUGCAACCAUCCUGCUCGCUUCAAUAAUGUCGCACCGGUAUCACUCUUUCAACAAGAAUGUACUCCUCUCACAGGCGCUCAUCUCCAGGACUGGAAGGAACGCCUCAAGUCCGAGCUGGCACAUCAGAAUCACUUUCAGCAGGACUCUGUUGUUCGCUCUGUGGUCCAAAUAUGUCAUGAUCUCGAAAGCCGCUGCGAAACCGUUGAGGCUCCGCUCCGACAGGAGAGGGAGAAAUCUAGCCAACUUACCAGCGAGGUGGCAUCUUUGCAGCAAAGAGUCGAGUCGCUCGAGGAACAGCGUUGGGAAGAUGAACAGCAUAUUGCUGCGCUUGAUGCUGAUUAUGAACGAUGUGAAAAAGAGAAGGACCAGAUCAAUGCUGAUUUCCUACGCUUGAAGGAUGAGUCUGCAGUCGCCAACGAAAAAGCAUCUGAGACAAUGCAUGCAGCUCGCGUCAAAUACGAUAACAUGAAAACAAAACUUCGCUCUUCCAUAUUGGAAUACAAAGAGAGCGCGCAAGCUCGAGAACUUGAGGCUGGAGAUCUUCGGAGGGAGAUCUCAACGCUCUCCGACCAACUCCACGAGAACGGGCAAGCUGGGGAAAUCAUGGCAGAAGACCUUCGGAAGGAGAUCUCAAUACUCUCGCAUCAACUCCGUGAGAACGAGUUGAACCGACAAAGACUAGUCGAAGAAGCCGAGACUCUCAAAAGUAAUCUGAACGAUAUGCAAGCUAAGCAAGAAAUAGAUCAGCAAGCAAGAAACCAGCAAGAUGCCGCGAUAUCCUCUCUAGAGGGGGAGCUCAGCGAUUUGCAAAACCAGUUGAAAGAAAAAGAGUCGGAACUGACAGCUGUGACUGACCAACUGAGCAAUCUCCAAACCGACCAUCACCAGCUUGCGCAAUCCUCUGAAGCGAACCUCGUACAACUAGAAAAACAGUACGAAGACAAUCUAAGAGCAGCAGCAGCAAAAGCCGAGAACGAAUAUGAGCAGUUGAGGGAAGAACUCAUCGAAGUCACAAACAUACAAGAAGCAACAGAAGAAGCCCGCGAGAAACUGCAAACCGAUCUCCAAAAACUGCAAAACACAGUCAUCCCCCUCCUCCACAAGCAGAUCCGCGACCUGACGGCAGAAUCCUCGCACAAAGACGCCGAACUCGACGUCCUAACCGCAGAAUUCGACGAACUCAAGCAAUGGAGAAACCGCAUGUUCGCCACAAUGGGCAUCCCCCCCGAAAAUUACACCCCAGACAACCGCGCCGCCCCACGCUCCUCCUCCUCCCACCGCCGCCGCCGCAAAUCCGCCGCCGUCGACCCAGCAGCAGCAGCAGCUCCAGACCCGCACCCCACCAUCUCCGCCACAGCAAUAGAAAACAUCGCAAAUGCAUCCUUCACCUCCACCUCUUCUUCGUCUUCCCCGUUAGCCUCGCCACCAUCCCAACCCCCCACCAACAAUAACAACGACGACGACGACGACGACGAAGGCGGCUCAACACCCAAACGCCCACGCACCCGCACCUCCUUCAAAGUCCCAGCCAUGCACACCCCAUACAGCAGCAAACCCCACGCCCUCCUCCUUCCAUCUAAAUCCUCCUCCUCGACUUCGUCGAAGAAGAAGAUGGAAAGACCAUCCCCGAAUAAACGAGCGGCGCUACGACCAGUCUCGCCGAAUCGCAGACACACGACUGUUGGCUUCGCCGUCCCGGAUGUCGUAGAUGCGGGGCAGAAUCUGCCGGUGAGGAAGCGGAGGGGGAGUUUGAUGAAGGAGGAUGAUGCUGAUGGGGAGCUUGGGUUGGUGAUGGAGUUUGAUAUGAAUGGGGGUUUGGCGGGGAACGCUGGGGAUGGUGGGGGUGGUGAGGAGGAGGAUGAGACUGUGACGGAGUUGUGAGGAUGUUGCGCGGGGGUGGGGAAGGAAUGAUGAUAUGGUUUCGCAAUUUGGUUGGGGAGGGAAAGAUGUUUUGAUACCCUUGUUUUUCUUUUCCAUCUUUUUCUAUAAAUCUUUUUUUUGUUCAUAUACUACAUGUAGCAAUCAUAUAUCGCCAUCAUAUUAUAUGAAGGCCCCAUUAUACCAUGUAAUGCACAAGCUUGCUAUUCCUCGUUCAAGGCCUCUAAAC